CUCCCUCAUCAAGCUGCCUCUAAACCCACUCACAAAUCAAAAUCUCUCUCUCUCUCUCCAUUCUCUUUUCUGUAUUUCUUCUUUUUUUUUUUUGGCAUUUUCCAUUUCCAUUUUUGUCUCCCCAAAAACACAUGAGAGAAGAAGGGAGGGAUUCAAGCAGGAGAAGAAGAAGAAGAAGCAAUGGAGAGUCCAGAUAUUUCACCACCACACGGGGACGCAUCUCGGCCGUCCUUGGGUUUCCCUCUUGGUACAGCACUCCUCUUGAUCAUCAUUUUCAGCUUGAGUGGUAUCUUUUCCUGUUGCUACCACUGGGACAAGCUCAAAUCUCUCCGUAGAUCUUUCUCUGAUGAACCUCAUCCUGAGGCUGAUAUUGAACAACAAUCACCCUCCAAAUCUAAGCCUUCUUUUAUGGAUUUGAAGCAAAAUGAAAGGCAAAGCUUGCCUGUGUUAAUGCCUGGAGAUAAAGUUCCAAAGUUUAUUGCAUUGCCAUGUCCAUGUGAACCUCCGAGGGAAGAGAAAAUUGAGAUUAAAGUGGCAGAACCUCCUCCUAAGCCGCCUCGAAUGGCAGUGCCUCUGUAUUGAGCAAGAAGACGGUCAUUUUGGUGUACAUAAAUAUCUAAAAUUGUGUCCCCAAAAAAAAAAAAAAAAAAAAAAAAAAAAAAACCUCUCAUAUUGUGAAUUCCAUUCAAUUUCAGUUCAGCCCACUUGUACCCAUUAGAUCUGUCUUUUUUUUUUUUUUUUUUUUUUUUGGUUACCAACAUUUUUACUGUGUUAGAUACAACCCAAAUUUGUAACAAAUAAUUAUUAUAACCAAUUUUUUUUUUUUGGUGGGAAUUACUGUUUCUUUCAGUACUCUGCAAUUU